GUCGGCCCGGCUACUGGAUCGGAAUAGUCGGGGUAGGGAGAAAGUAGACCCGGUUAGAAACAGCUGUGUAUGGGUCAGCUCCUCUUCUUUCUAUCCUAAAUUCUUCGUUAGACCCGGAACACUGCUGCAACAAUGGUGAAUAAGGAUGAAAAUAAAUCUGUGGAAAAGGAAACUGAAAGUAAAACAGAAGUGAAAAAGGAAAAUGAUAUUAAACCAGAAAAGAACGGAGAUGAGAAGGUUGAGAACGAGAAAAAUGGGGAAGAAAAGGUUGAAAAUGGAAAGAGCGAAGAGGGAAAGGUGGUAAACGGAAAAACUGAAGAACCUGAGAAAACCUACGGCGAUCCAUCGGUUUGCUUCCUCUGCGGUAUUCCCAGCACCACUAAAUGCAAGGUUUGUGGGUUGGUUGGAUUUUGCUCUGAUCAGCAUCAGAGAUUGCACAGAGAUAUUGAGCCUCUGGAGUUGAUAAUGUGGGACGGAGCGGCAGCAAUGGGACCUAGGAUGGGAGGUGCUCCAGUAUGUCUUCAAUGCUUGAAACCAGCCAAGUCUGAUGUUCGGUGCGGGGAUUGUGGUUGGCCAGUGUGCGGGGAGGAGUGUCAGAAAGGACACGCCCACCAGAUAGAAUGCCCUGUACUAGCUAAAUCUAAGGAAAAGGUUGUUUUUGAGAAUUUAUCUGAGGUUCAAGAUAUAUACAGAAGUAUUGUACCUCUGAGACUUUUGAUGGUUAAAAACAAGUUUCCGGAGGUUUGGGAGAGGAUGUCCUAUUUGAUGGACCACAAUGAGAAUAGAAUGAAGGAUGCUGAAAUGUGGGGAAAAUAUCAGACUUCUGUCAAUCAGUUUCUGAAAAACUGUGGAAUGGAGUUUUCGGAUGAAGAGAUUGAUCGAGCAGUUGGUUUACUCUGGACUAAUUCAUUUGCAUGUGCUCAGGGAGGAGGGCAGGCCAUAUUUCCGUCUUUCUCCUUCGCUUCUCACUCCUGUAGACCUAACUGCGCACACUCCGUCUUCCCAAACAAAACUCUGGCACUUCAAGCCAAAAUCAAAAUUCAGGCUGGGGAGGAGUUUACUAUUAGUUACAUAUCAACCUUACAGGGCAUGUUGAAGCGAAGAACAAAGUUGAGAGAGAAAUGGUUCUUUGACUGUUCCUGCUCCAGGUGCUCUGAUCCUACAGAGCUCGGGAGCCAUGCUUCCACUCUUCUCUGUCAGGUUUGCUUGAGUCCUGAUGCCCUGCUCCUCAGUAAGGAUGUUCUGGACCCCGUGGCCCCCUGGUAUUGUACUAAAUGUGAUCUACAGAUCAGAGCUGAUGAGGUCAAUGACAUUGAAAAUAGAAUUGCUACGGAUAUGCAGAAGAUAGAAACUACUAGCUUGGCUGGGUUCGAGACUAUGCUAGAAACUGCAGGAACUGAACUACAUCAUAACCCCAAUCUUGUAAUAUUCCUAAAUAAAAUCUAUACUUAGGAACAUAACUGCAUCCUAACCACUACCUUAUUAUAUUCCUAAAUAUAAACUAUAUUUUGGAACUGAACAG